AUGGCGAAACUAUCACAGCAAAGCCACAAGAGAACUGCAAAUGAUACUAACCCUAAUACCAACACUUCUGUGAAAAAGGUGAAGCGAACAAGAAAAACUGUCCCUAGAGACUCUCCUCCUCAACGUAGCUCGAUUUAUCGAGGGGUCACAAGGCAUCGGUGGACGGGCCGAUACGAAGCUCAUUUGUGGGAUAAGAAUUGCUGGAAUGAAUCACAGAACAAGAAAGGGAGACAAGGUGCCUACAACGAUGAAGAUGUAGCUGCCCAUGCUUAUGAUUUAGCAGCAUUAAAAUACUGGGGUCAAGACACAAUUCUAAAUUUUCCGCUCUCAACAUACGAAAAUGAACUGAAACAGAUGGAGGGUCAGUCCAGAGAAGAGUAUAUCGGAUCUCUGAGAAGGAAAAGCAAUGGUUUUUCUCGAGGAGUAUCUAAAUAUCGAGGAGUUGCAAGACAUCAUCACAAUGGAAGAUGGGAAGCAAGAAUUGGCAGAGUUUUUGGGAAUAAAUACCUUUAUCUUGGGACAUAUGCAACCCAAGAAGAAGCUGCAAUUGCAUACGACAUGGCAGCCAUUGAGUACCGUGGGGUUAACGCCGUCACCAACUUUGACCUUAGCCGUUACAUAAAUUGGCUAAAACCUAGCAACAGUGGUACCAGUGAGCUUAGCCCUAAUGUUGACACUAAACCUACACCAAACCUUAAUCAUGGCCUUGGAUCAUUAACCUCCCUCCCCCACCUCCAUCAUCACCAUCACAACCAAGACCACAACCGCCAGCAGCCGCAACUGCAACCUUCAAACACUAGCGACAUCACUCUAAAUCAGUCACGACCAGCUACCACCACAUCUGCCCUCGGACUUUUACUUCAGUCAUCUAAGUUCAAAGAAAUGAUGGAGAUGACCUCGGAAGCUGAGUGCCCUUCAACAAUACCAGUGAAGUUCGACCAGCCACAAUGUAGUUUUCCUGAUGAUGUCCAAACAUACUUUGAUUCUCAGGACUUCAGUUGCUAUGUCGAAGAAGAUGAUGUUUUCUUUGUAGGGCUUAUAAUUAAGCCAAAUUACUUAAAUUUGGCUCGAGUUCAGUUUGAAUAUACGGCUGUGGUAUUGGUGUUAGGGUUGCGGUACUGGUGGUGGUGGCUGCAUAGGCCGAGAAGCCAAGUUCAUACAGGGGCAGUGGCUAUGGUGGGGACGGUGGAUGUGACAACUACUUGUGAAGAUGUCAUGACAGGCUUUGAGAAGAAAGUGCCUUUAUUUAGCUCUUCUCUGAGUUUUGCUGGUUCUGAAAAUGCACCUUUGCAAGUUCACUUCAUCAUGUAUAUAUAUCUUUCUCCCUCCUUCCACUUCUGCUUCAUUGGCUUUUAAUGGUUGAGUACUGAUGAUGGUAUUGGUGUGAUAUUGGCUGGACGGCUCAAUCUCUUGUGUUCCUAUGAUUUUUUUUUUCCUUUGUACCUCAUGUGGCUGAUCAAGAUGUUUAUGCAAUAAUUCUUCUACAAC